CGGCACCCGCGUGAUAACCGGGGGUUAUUUAUUGAGCUGCCCCCGGCGGAGGCGGCCCCAGGCUCGGGGUGCGGCCUCGGGUUCCCCUCGGCUCGGCCGCUCCGUCCCGACCGCUCGUCCUUGAGGAGGCUCCGGCUGCUGCGGUCGCCCCGCUCCGGCGGGAUCGGCGGAACCGGCGGCGGAUGCUGCAGAGGAGGGAGGUGGUGCUGCUCCUCCGGCCCCCCCCGGGCUGGUUCCUGACCUGCCCCUUCCCUUGGCAGUGCUCUGCGCUUCUGGGAAAACUGCAACAGCUCUGGUCAAUACUUAAAUCAGUGAAUCAUCUGCCUUCCUUCACAGAUGCCCUCAGAACAUGUCUAAUUGGACAAGUCUGUGGUACGUCUGGUUAAUCUUGCUGACUGUGUUCCUGCUCCUGCUCUGUGGGAUUGCAGCAAGCUGCAUCAAAAUCUGCUGCUGGAAGAAGAGGCCUCCAGUGGAGACCUUCCCCAGGCACCCUUAUGAUAUUGCUGUUGACAGUGACAGCACUGCCCACAGCACAGUGACCUCAUACAGCUCAUGGCAGUACCCUCUAAGUGUCAUUCCUUCAAUAUUUGUGGAUAUGGACAAGAACACUGUGUCCCUUCCAGCUUACAGUCUCUAUGCAGUGGAAUUGCCACCUUCUUAUGAUGAAGCUGUCCAAAUGGGCAGACCACCUAAUGAAGUAGCACAGAUAAACCAGAAACACAAUGACAUCCCUGGACAGGUGACAGCUGGUGGGAUGAAUCCCACCCAGAAUUCCCCUGAUACAAUCAACAGAGAUCCAGCAACACAAGCAAGCUCGGAAAAAUCAGAAGAUGCAACACAAGAACAGCCACAGCUCUGACUCAUUUCAGAUGGGGAGUAAAGGAAGGGAAGGAGUGUAAGAGUUAAAGAAAACAUGAUGAGUUUGGGUUGUAGGCAGAUUUGGAUGGAGAAGUGUUUCCUCUCAUGCCCUUGCAAUGAUCUGUCAAUUAGAAGCAAAGUUUUCUGUGACUCUUAAAAUCUCCUGGUGAAGCUCCUCAAAGGAUAUGAAACACAGAAAAAGGGCAGCAGUUUAAAAAUGUCCAUAGAAUGGAAGAAAAGUGCUUGUUCAUCUUCUGAUUAAAAUAUAUAUUCCUUGUGUCCAGCAUAUGAAAAUGAAAAAGGUCAGGGGAAUGUUGUCAUCUUGGGAACACACACACAGAGUCACAACAGUACAAAUGGCAAGUUGUUGUUCUGGAGCAGAAGCUUUCUAAGCUGGAUUUGAAAGAGGAGUCCUAGCAAGUCCCACUGAGCAGCCUCUGUAGUUUCUCUUCUUUUGAGAGCAUCAACUGCCCAGCAAAUUGCUGCUUGAUGGCACAUGUUCCUUAAACUGAAGGAAGAUGGCAAACAAGGACAGGAAAGUGUGCAUGUUUUCCAACUAGAGACAGGGAAUGAGACAGAUGAGAAAAGAGAUUUGUUUUUUUCAUGGUUUGGUCAUGUGACCUGAAGGGAUUGGUUUUGAGGUGGUUUUUUUUUUUUUUUUUUUUUUAAACUUCUUUUCAAGAUGAGCUAUCUUGUGGGUGGGAUCCUUUUGCUACUUAUUUUUGCCUGUUACUGUACAAAUUAGUCUCAAAGAGACACUUGCACACAUGGUUAAGUAUUACUAAUGAGUUCUAAUAUUCAUCAAUAUAUCAUCAAAGAUGCCUUUAUAUUUCGUUAUCUGCUCAGGUGUCAGGGUCUCAGCCAGAACAGAAAGCAAAAAAUAAAAGGUUCCUGGCAUCUUUGAUGAUGAGCUCAGUACUGUGCAGGAUGAAACAAAGCAUGCUCUAGCUGUGCCAUCCAGAAGUUAUAAAUACAAACACCAUAGCACAGGCUGGGCAAUGGUCCAAAGAAAUCACUCUUUAGGGAUGACUCCUCAUGAAGUACUGAUAGCAGGGGUAACUGCUAUGCAGCAUUUUAAAUCCAGGAGCUUGGAUUGAUUACAGUGGUCUCAGUCCAGACAAAAAUAUGAGGUAUGAGAAGCCUUUUAAAAAUGACAGCUCUUUCCCUUUCUUGGACCUCCCAUAUUCCAAAUGGUAUGAAUUUUGUCCACUCCUGAGUAGUGAUUUUCUUUGAAUCCACUUCAGCAAGGUGCUAAUUUGGCUACCUUUAAGAACAUGAGCAAUCUACAGGAUGGUUCUUGCUGUGGGAUUAUCUACAGGAUAAAAGCAGGAAUAAAAGCAUGAGCACUAGGUGCUAUAAAUGACUGCAACAUCAGAUGUGGAGUGUUAGGUCAGAGUGAGUGCUGACUGACCUUCUACCAACCAGAAUAUGACUUCAUUUUUCCUGCAAUGACUUUGGUAGCUGUGAAAAGGGGCCACCUUCUGCAAAUAUUUAAGUGUCUGUUACAAAUAAACAGUAGAAGUAGUGGGCACAAAACCUUGCUCAGCUGCUAGAAGACUACACUCUGAAAACCUUAACACAAGAACUACCUAUGAAAUGAGCACUGCUGAUAUAAAAUGAAGAUCCCUCUGCCAGCCAACAGGACUGCAUCUGGAAUCUCUGCUGCACAUUUGUGGUGUGUGAGCUGUUCAUGAGUCCAGCCCCUAGAGAAGUGUUGGUUCUAUAUUUAACUUGCAUGUAACCUACCAUGAGGGUUGCAGGGAAAGAUUCGUUUAACAAAGCUGCUUCUGCCCUGUCUCUUCUCUGUCAUUUUUAAUUAUACUUCUGUUUUACUCUC